AUGAAAGAGGCGGUUCUAUCCUUUUUCUACUAUUUACAAACUUAUCCGGACCACGCGGUCACCUCCUCGAAGGUGUCGACGGAAUGGUGGCGCGAGAAGGAGCACACCAAAUACCUCAAGAAGCGCCGCUUCACUGAGGCUCUAUACAGCCUAAUCGCGAGCUUUUGGCUUGUCCUGCUCGGCAUCCUGUUCGUCUCCUACAUUACUGCCAACGAAGACAACGCUGCCGGAAAAGACUGGGAUAUGGUCAGAGGGGUACAAUCGUGGCUGAUCGAGGAUCCUGGAAAUACCGAAAUCUACAUCAAGACCCCGGAAGACUACAUGAAUGCGAUGAGCCAGGCGGCCGUGAUGGGCCCCGUCGAGUCGUGCAACGAGGAUAUUGACGAGCUGCUCCGCUUCCGCACGACGCGCGACAACGAGCUGAUGAAGGCGGUGGCGAACACGCAGAUCCGCUGCCUGCACAACAAAUUCAAGGACCACACCCUCACCGCACACGCCCAUUUGGCCUAUACCAAUACCAACCGCUCGUUCUUCGGCCUCUCGGAAGAGUUGGACGAGACCCACCUCGAGCCCCUCUUCUCUACCAUCAAACAUGGCGGUGUUGUCCGCUCGAAUGGACCGAAUUGCCCACCGGAAGUGGAGAAUGACACCCACACACAUACCGCCAAUCAGCAUAUGCCCGACAUCAAACCCCGCGAUCUGACCUAUAGAAACUACGACAUGAAACUGUAUCGCCCGAACGCCCCGGGGCUGUCGUUUGUCACCGAGUACAUGGUUCGCGAGACGUUCCACUGUGUGGCCAUCCUCCGCGGCGUCAUCCACCUCGACUCGAUCGUGGCCGUGUGCUUUGCCGAGGCUCAAAACCUCGCCUGGCUGCACCUGGCCGAUGGGAAACUGACGGACAAGACGACCGUCGAUCAACAGAGAGACCUAUGCACUGAGGAUACAAAGCAACUGAAGAAGAAGUACCGCGGCAAGCUGAACUCGGCCCGCAUCGACCCCACCGUGACGGCCGACCCGGCGUUUUGCCAAAUGAUGGCGGCGAUGAGUCUCGACCCGGAUGUCGGCUAUUUCCCGUUGAGCAUGGUCUCUUGCGUGGCUACCAUCAACCAAAACAAGAAGUCGAGCAAAUGGAACUACGCCUCGCCGAUCGCCAUCUUCCAAAAUGAGAAGCUCAUCCUCGCCAUGGCCAAUUCUGGCGGCUACCGUGGCAUCGCCUACAUGGCCUCCCUCGUCAUUGCCCAUGUCUACAGCGAUACCCCCAAUCGCAACACCCUGCUCCCGUUCUACAAUCCGACCACUGAUGGCCCACGCUGGUACAUCAACGAGCAUGCCCGCGACGAUCACAUCGAGAAGCUGAAGGAAUACCUUCAAGUGGCCAAAUUCGAGCGUGUGCCCCUCGAGAAGACGCAGCCGAACGACGACUUCAAGGAGCUCUACAAGCCCGACUAUUUUGAGGUGUACUGGGUCCGUGCGUUGAGCCUUCACGUGGCCACCCGUCCCCUCCAACCGGACACGAUGCUCGUCCAGCGAUGCGUCAAAUGCAUCGUGGAAUCGAUCCAGGCGGGCGUCCACUCGGGCCAAUUUGUGAUCACGCUGAAACACGAAGAAUACCUGCAACGUUUCCUCGACACCAUCAUCUACAUCUACGCCGUGCAAGUGCAGGUGGCGCACCGCGAGUUCCGCCCGAACGCGACUUCCGCCGACACGACCCCACCGGACCCCCAGCAUAUUGCCCAUCAUCUUCCGGUCGUCUACCAAGCUCAUCACCAGCCACACCCGCGAUAUCAACCGGGCUACCAUGUCGAGAAGCCGUACCCGCAGCCCCCGCCUCGUCAAUUGAACGCGAACGCACAGUCAUUCCAGCCGCCCUCCUCUCGCCCACCGAGCGCCAACGGGAAGCCAAAGACACCGGCCCCCCAGCCGACGCCCCCGGAAAAGACGAACCCGCGCGCUGAGGCGUUUAAGGAAGCCACCCAGGAGCUGGAUGAGAGCAAGAUGCGCGAGGCCCAGGAGAAGAUGGAGAAGAUGGAGAAGAGCGGAGGAGGAGGGCCGUCACGUCAUCCACUCAAGCCAAAGGGGCCCAACAAGGCGAGCCACGGGUACCGCAAGAACAAGAAGAAGGGCGGAAGUGGCGGAGGAGGCGGAGGAGGAUCGGCGAGCAGAAAGGAUAAU